CUUGUUUUAUGUCAUUUCAUUUUUGUGAAGUGGGAUGAUCGUGUUGGUUUCGUGAUUUUAUUUUGUAAAGUGAAUUUUAUUAGUGCAGUGGUUUUUUAGUGGUAAUUAAUAUAACGGAAAAGUAUUUCCACAUUUCACAAUGUUCAGUUGGUUGAAAAAAGAGGGCGAAAAAACAGAGAGCAUCGAAAAUGUCAUCGAGGGUCUCAAAAGAAUUUACAGAACGAAACUUUUGCCGCUCGAGCUCCACUACCAGUUUCACGACUUCCACUCCCCGCAGCUGGAGGAGCCCGACUUCGACGCCAAGCCGAUGAUCCUGCUCGUCGGGCAGUACUCCACCGGCAAAACGACGUUCAUCAAAUAUUUACUCGAGCGGGAUUUCCCGGGCAUCCGGAUAGGGCCGGAGCCCACCACGGACAGGUUCAUCGCGGUGAUGCACGACGAGAAGGAGGGCAUGAUCCCCGGCAACGCGCUCGUCGUCGACCCCAAGAAGCAGUUCCGGCCGCUGAGCAAAUUCGGCAACGCCUUCCUCAACAGAUUCCAGUGCUCGACGGUGAACUCGCCCGUGCUGCGCGGCAUCUCCAUCGUGGACACGCCCGGCAUCCUGUCCGGCGAGAAGCAGCGCGUGGACCGCGGGUACGAUUUCACCGGCGUGCUGGAGUGGUUCGCCGAGCGCGUCGACCGCAUCAUCCUACUGUUCGACGCGCACAAGCUCGACAUCUCCGACGAGUUCCGCCGCAGCAUCGAGGCGCUGCGCGGCCAUGACGACAAGAUCCGCAUCGUACUCAACAAGGCCGACAUGAUCGACCACCAGCAGCUCAUGCGCGUGUACGGCGCGCUCAUGUGGUCCCUGGGCAAGGUGCUGCAGACGCCCGAGGUGGCGCGCGUGUACAUCGGCUCCUUCUGGGACCAGCCCCUCCGGUACGACGUGAACAGGCGCCUGUUCGAAGACGAGGAGCAGGAUCUGUUCCGCGACAUGCAGUCACUCCCCCGAAAUGCGGCCCUCCGAAAACUGAACGACCUCAUCAAGCGGGCGAGAUUAGCUAAGGUCCACGCGUAUAUUGUGAGCGAACUGAGGAAAGAAAUGCCCUCCAUGUUCGGGAAGGACGGCAAGAAGAAGGAGCUGAUCAAAAACUUAGGACAAGUGUACGACAGGAUACAGAGGGAGAUGAAUAUCUCUCCUGGAGACUUCCCCGACAUCAAGAAGAUGCAGGAAACGCUCGCCAACCACGACUUUACAAAGUUCCACCCUCUAAAACCCAAACUUUUAGAAGUUGUGGACAAUAUGCUGGCCACCGACAUCGCAAAGCUGAUGGAUAUGAUCCCCCAGGAGGACAUCAAUGUCGUCACGGAGCCUCUCAUCAAAGGUGGCGCGUUCGAGGGCGUAGAAGACCAGGUGUCCCCGUUCGGGUACGGGCGGGGCGAGGGCGUGGACGCCGGCCACGGCGACCCCGAGUGGAUCUGCGGUCGGGACAAGCCGCAAUACGACGAGAUCUUCCGCUCCCUCAACCCCGUCGACGGGAAGGUCACCGGCGCCGCGGCCAAGACGGAGAUGGUGAAGUCCAAGUUGCCCAACUCGGUGCUGGGCAAGAUCUGGAAGCUAUCGGACAUCGACAAGGACGGCUUCCUCGACGACGAGGAGUUCGCUCUGGCCAUGCACCUCAUCAGGGUCAAGACCGACGGCCACGACCUGCCGCCCGAGCUGCCGCACCACCUCAUACCCCCUUCCAAGAGAAACUGAAUACGCCCCCGAAGUGGGCGACCAAUCGGAGAUACGCCCCUAAUGUUAUAUGCCGCGCCUGAACACGCCACUGAAUUGGGCGGCCCAACUGGUGAUACCCCCUUGAUGCCACACCUAAACAGGCCACUAAAGUGGGCAACUCAAAAUAUAUAAUCACACCAGUGUCGUCACUAUGCGCAAAAACAACGUAAUGCAUCGCCAACACAUGCACUACACUAGCAAAAUCCUUAAUCUCCGGCAAAUUCAGGUGUGUGGCCUCUCCCGAACGCUGCAGACGCGACAAUACUUUUAAAUUUCAUGGCAACUUCAGAAACUUAAAAAUUAUUUUACCUUCUUACUAAUAGAACUAUGUGUUUGAAUUAGUGAGCUAUAUGAAAUCGUUAGGAAAUACAAAAGCUGCCAUGGAAUUUAAACUUUAAAUGUUUCUUUUCACCGCUACUGUGUGUGUCCAUGGCUUAAAGUUGUACUUAUUGUAGACGCGAAAUUUUGUAUUAUUGUUUGUGUAUUUUGGUGAUUUUUGGCGUAUGGUGAGCCAUGGCGAGCGAGCUGUGUGGUGGGGUGGUGUGCAAUCAGGGGAACUCACAUUCACACAUACACAAGAUAAACUCUCUUAUAUACUUGGUGUCCGAACAUUUAACAUAA